AUGUUUUCUUUUCUGAUUUCCAGAGCAUUAUCACGAUCUGAAAAGGAAUGUUUAACAUUCAAAAACGAUUCUGCGAAAUCUUGGUCUGUGUAUCAAGCCGAAAUUACAGAAAACUCGAUUAAUUUCAAAGAAGAUGGAACAGCAGAAUACAAUUCCCAAAGAUAUAGAAAGAAAUGGUCUCUUAAUUUGUGCGGUAAUAUAACUAACUCAACAUUUGUAUUCCUAUAUGAUGAAGCUAAAGAAUAUGGAGAACAAAAUUAUAUAAAUGUUGAGUAUAUGACCAGAAAUUCGAAAGCAAGAUAUUCAAUAUACAAAAAUGGUAAAACAGUUGCUCAAAGACAAGUUACUGUUUAUACAAAAGAUCAACUUUGUUUUUCAGCCAUUUAUGGCCGUGGUUACAUAGGAAUUUUCGCCAUGCCACAUCUUGAAAACAAAGAACCUAUUCUUUUGCUUCCAUACACAAUGCCUAGAGAACAUAAAUUGCAAUAUCUUUCACAUGAGCCUUCAAACAUUACAAAUAUUUGCAUAAAUGACUUCUUUGGCGAUGAUAGAGUUGAUAUUGAUUAUGAUCCUAAUUGGAAAACUAAUAUCAACAACUUCCUUUAA